UUGACCAACACAAGAUCAAAAAUUCAGUUCUUCACUAAAUAGCAGUUGUUUUCUUUGGCUAUGCGAGGAUUGUGUUUGUCGGUGAUGUUCGUGAGCAUCUUCUGGCCAGCGGAGCUUACACCUGUGGUUGGGCCAGAGCCCAUCCGCUGUGCUCCAUGCUCCCAGGACCAGCUCAGCGCCUGUCCCGUGGUGUCUUCGGACUGUCAGGAGGUCCUGAGAGAGCCGGGCUGCGGUUGCUGCUUCGCCUGUGCUCUGAAGAAAGGUGAGUCCUGUGGAAUCUACACGGCUCAUUGCAGCACUGGAUUGCGCUGUAUGCCAAGACCUGGUGACCCACGGCCGCUCCACGCUCUGACACGUGGACAAGCCGUCUGCACCGAAAAUGAUGAGACUGAAGAUGACACAGAUAUCACAUCUGAACAGGGCUCUUUGAAUUAUCUGCUGGGACUCAACAGACCGCUUAAUCCACAGGACGCGGCAGAGGCACAAGAGAGCAUCAAGGCCAAAGUGAAUGCAAUCCGAAAGAAACUGGUACAACAGGGUCCAUGUCACACUGAAUUGCAUGCCUCUUUGGACAUCAUUACUGAAUCACAGCAGAUAUUAGGCGAGAAAUUCACAAAUUUCUACCUCCCUAACUGUGACAAGCAUGGGUUCUACAAGGCCAAACAGUGUGAGACGUCUCUGAUUGGCCAUCCGCCACGCUGUUGGUGUGUGUCUUCCUGGAAUGGAAAGAGAAUUCCAGGCAGUGAUGAUUUAACAGGAGAUGCCCAGUGUCAUCAAGAGGUCACGCACUGAAGCGCAAAGCUUUAACUGAGAGGACAUUACCCUUAAUUUAUAUUCCCUUUCAUAUACCUAUACCUAUUUAUUCUUAUAUGUACAUGGGUGUUACAUGGUUUUAAUAUUUAUAAAAUAGCUUUUGACUGAAUUCUACCAGAUAUUCCAGAAUGACUUUGAUUAAUGAACCUCAUAGAUGAGUAGAAAAUUGCUGCUUUUUGUUUUUACUAGCACAACGUUUUUUCAUACUAAACUACUCCAUUGCUGAAGACUGCAUAACUGUAUCUCCACCUAGGCAAGAUCCAAAUCUGGGUCAUUGGAUAUUCAAAUAUAAAAUCUUUACGCUCCACAAUAACAUUCAACUGUAUAAUAUGUUUUACUUAUCACAUCUGUAGUUUAGUCAAUAAUUCUGCCUCAAUCUUUGUUUGGAAUGUCCACACUGAUUCAGUAUACAUCAAGAUAAAGCUGUACACACUUUAAAUACAGUCUGGACACUAUGAUUCACUUGUUGUUUGUAUUCUGUAAGUUCAUUUAUUUGGCUUUUAUUUUAUUUCACUUUGUUUUUUAAGCAUCUGUCUACCUCUACAAGAUUUUGUCACUGUCUUUUGGUCUGCUGAAAUGUUUAUAUUUGUUCUAUUAGGCGUUAAACCAGGGACGCUCUGUCCUUCUCCUAGAAAUCUAGCUUGAUUGUUAAAAUAUCCAAUUAUCUCAAGGAUUCCUGGAAUACAUUUACAUUUUGCCAUUUAGAUUGUUUUGACCGACUGCUGCUGUAUUUAUUCUGAAAACUAUUAUUUUAUUGUAUAUAAGAAAAGUAUGUAUAUAGUCUCAAAUGUGUUUUUCAAUAAAACUUACUUGAGCCUGUAAA